AUGAAAUCCGAUUUAUUUUCGGUGUUAUCAAGGGAUUUAAAUGAAUUAUUAAGUGAACAUGAAGAACAAAAUGUAAUAAUACAAAUUGGAAACGAAGUAAAUUAUAAAGAAUUUUAUGCCCAUUCAAUUAUUUUAAGAGCAAGAUGUAAAUAUUUUAAAUCAGGGUUAUCCUGUGAUUGGGUAAAGAGAGAAGGAAAUCGAAUUAUUUUUAAGAAACCAAAUAUUACACCCGAAGUAUUCGAAGUCAUCUUAAAGUACAUAUAUAGUGCUACCAUAGCAUUCGAGAAAUAUGAUGUGAUGCAUUUGUUGGAUGUCUUGGUGGCCGCUGAUGAAUUAUUGUUAUCUGAAAUGGCGGAAUCAAUACAAGAAUAUUUAUUAAAUCAUAAAGCGGAAUGGUUACAAAAGGAUUUUACCAAAUUAUUGAGGAAAAGUCAAGAAUUUGAUUGGUGUGGUAAAGUUCAAGAAUGUUGUCAGGCUAUCGUGUGUAACGAUCCACUUUGUUUGUUCGAAUCAUCAGAAUUCUUAACACUGGAAGAAAAUUUAGUCAUAUCAUUUUUGAAAUUAGAUAAUUUAAUAAUGAAAGAAAUUGAAAUUUGGAAUUAUCUAUUAAAGUGGGGUAAAUCGCAAAUACCACCAAAAGAAGAUGGAAGCCCAGCGAUUGAUGAUGAUGAAAGUAAAUGGACUAAAGAUGACAUCCAUAUAUUAGGCAAAGCAUUAAAAGGUUGUAUACCACACAUAAGAUGGUUUCACAUUGAACCGAAUUUAUUAUUUAACAAGAUUUGGCCGUUAAAAGAUAUUUUCCCUCCGGAAUUAUUGGGGGAAAUUUUUAGAUAUUAUUUCACUUCUAAAUCCAAUUUAACAUCGAUAGAUUCUUCUUUUAUUUAUUAUAAACCACAAAGACCUCUCCCAUUUGAAUCAUCUAUAUUACAACAACUUCACGUGGCAAAAUUGGCCAACUGGAUCGAUCGUAAAGAUGGAAGGAAUGAUACUCCUUACACUUAUUAUAACAUUCCAUAUAAUCUCAAAUUACUCGGUGAUACUCCUUGUACGUGGGAUAAUCUAAAUGAGUUUAAAAUUAGUAGGCCAAGAAGGUCUGAAUAUGCCAUUAGAAUUAAAGAUAGAACUUGUGGACCUUGCUUUGGUGAUAAAGAUUUAUGGAUGACAAGUAAUUUUAACGAAGAUGAAAAUUGUUCGGCUGUUAAAGAUGAUUAUGAACUUGAAAUCACUCCUACCGAGAAAUUUUCCGUGGACGAAUAUGAGGUUUUUCAAGUUUUAAAUAAAAUCAUUAUUAAAGAUGUAGUAUCAAAUGAGAAUAAUAACGACAACAAUGAUGAGGAACAAGCUGGAAAUUUAGCCGGUGGAGAUAACUCGACAGCGAAUGAAGUAAAUGUGGAGAAUGUGGAAGAUGUUACCGAUACCACUCACAUAUUCAGGACAUUCCUUAAUUAA